GCAUUCAACAAAGCCCGUAUAGCUCAGUGGUAGAGCGUCAGUCUUGUAAACUGAAGGUCCAUAGUUCGAUCCUGUGUGUGGGCACUUUUUUAAAAUUCAAGCUUUAAAAUAUUUUCUUCUUCUUUUUCCUAGUAAAAUAGAAGAAGACAUACCUAGGAAAAAUCCUUUUUGCGUCUAAAUUUUUCCAUUAAGAUCGAGUUAUGGAUUCUUUAACCAAAACAAAAUCAUUUUGAUACUUUCCUAUAAUGGUCCACCACUCCACUGGGUUUUAGUUUCGUUUUGCUGCUAGCUGUCUUUCUUCAUGAAAAAUAUUAAUUAAAUGGAGUUAUAUAAUUAAUUAUUAUAGUAAAUUAAUUGUUCGAAACUUUGAAUAUUGAUGAAUUGAAAAUGUUUGGACCAAAACGUGCAACCAAUCUCCUCUAAGGUGGGGAGGGGUACGAUCCAUACUUGCCAACUAUUAUUUUGAAAUCUAAUAUUGUCUUACAUCAAAACAUAUAUUUGCUCAUCUUAUUUGAGAAUAACUGAAUUAUUCUUGAUUAAUCGUAGUUGGCAUUUUUCUUGUGAAACUUUUGAUUGUGAUGACAGGUGUUACUGUUAUAUUGAUAAGAAAUCAAGCAUACAUUGUUUAAGUUACACUCAUCAGAUUUCGAGAAUGUGAAUCCUAGGGUCUAUGUCGUGCUUGAGUUAAUUAAAUAUACCUCUCCUAAACAUGGUUAUAUGUUUUCUUUAACUAAUAUGUUGUGACAAUAAUAUAAUGUGUUUUCGUCACAAAAAUGGCACUUGCGUUGUACGCAUAGAGAGACAUGGAGCCGAUGACGUGAAAGUAUUUACAAAAGUAUAUCUUUAAAAGAUACAGAAAUCUAUAAGACUAUAUUAUUUGAAAGCUGACUCCACCUUUCCCGUACUCCUCCUUGCUUAUUUGUUUGGUAAUGAUUUGAUUGCAUUCCCAGUUAAAACAACAUUUAUAAUAUAUGAUUCCAGAAAGUCACAAGAGUUGUAUCCUUUUUAAACCCAUCAACAUUUUCUCUCAACCAUUAAUAAUAACACCAACCAAAAGACAAAUCUUCCCUCUUCGUGUCCCUCCCUACUUUUGCCAACUAUAAUGUAUCUCGUUGCAUCUCUUUGACUGCUUUAACUUCCCCAGAGUUCUGAAUUGUCUGUCCUAAUCGGAGCCUACACUUUUCUCAUUUCUUCUUCAACACGCAACCUUAUAACAUUAAAGAAGAAAUGGAUCCAACUGAGCUCAAACGCGUGUUCCAAAUGUUUGACAAGAACGGUGACGGUUCAAUCACGAACAAAGAGCUGAGCGAGACGCUACGAAGCCUAGGGAUUCACAUCUCCGACAAGGAGUUGACUCAAAUGAUGGAGAAGAUCGACGUGAAUGGUGAUGGGUGUGUAGACAUAGACGAGUUCGGGGAGCUUUACAAGACGAUAAUGGACGAGGAAGACGAAGAAGAAGAGGACAUGAAGGAAGCUUUCAAUGUGUUUGAUCAGAACGGAGAUGGGUUUAUAACGGUGGAUGAACUGAAGGCGGUUUUGUCAUCCUUGGGGCUCAAGCAAGGUAAGACAUUGGAUGAUUGUAAGAAAAUGAUUAAGCAAGUGGAUGUUGAUGGUGAUGGUAGGGUUAAUUACAAGGAGUUUAGACAAAUGAUGAAAGGUGGUGGUUUUAGCGCUUUGGGUUAAUGUUAUUUUGUGUGUGUAUGUUUAUUUCUUCUUUGCUUUAAUUCUAUUUAUAAAUACUAGUGGUCUUCCGGCGCUACGCGCCGGGUUCGUCAAUUAUAUUCUAAAUUAAUUUACAAUUUAUUUUAUAGUCUUUUAAAGAAAAUAUGUUCAAAAAUAUAAAGAUGAAUAUAUGUUGAAAAGAAUGAUAUUUUCUGAUCCAUUUUAUAGUGGUUACCAAUAGUAGUGUAUUACUUUGUUUUAAAGUUUCUUAGUUCAAUGUGGAAAAGCAUAAGUGGUUGUGAUUAAUCGCCUCAAUAAAAGUAGAAUUAUGCUGAUAGUCGUAGUUCAGUUUAAAUUUAAACAUAAAGUAACGUUAAUGUUCGAAAAUAAAAAAUGUAGAUGCUUGUGUUUGUUUUUGUGAUUAUCUUGUUUGAAGGAAGAUAUCAAAUUGUUUCAUCUUCUUAAAAUAGUAACAAUCUUCGCAUACUUGGUCUAUGUCAAAGAUGCGUUAAUUUGUUGGGAACUUCAUUGUGGCUGUAUUAGUUAAAUACUUUGUCUUCAAAGGGAAUUUAAAUCUCGUAAGUGAAUUCUUAAUCAUUCUCUAGCAUUGAUGGGGACUUGAAUUGUGUUAUUCUAUGUUUAUGAUACUGUUUCUUCAAAAAUCUAUUACCUAUUAUUAUUUAGUUAUUGUUUUUCAUUUUUAUUUUGGACAAUUCUUUUAAAUAAUAUUUUUAAGUUUUUGUCAUCAAAAGAGCUUCCAAAGAAUACCAGAAUAGCUUUUAUUAGAAAGACAAAAAACUACUUUUCCAAUUGCUUUAUAUAUAUAUAAAUAUAAAUAAUUAUUUAAAGAAACAAUAAAAACUUAAUAUUUUUAUAGUGUUGAAUUUUAUGUUUUCAAAAUUCAAACUUUUUUAUAAUUUUAUGAUUUUAUUUUUCAAAUUUUUAUUUUGAAUUUACUUUUUAAAAUUCGAAAUACUUUUUGAAACUAUCUUAAAAAUUUUGAUUUUGAAAUUUCUAAUAUUUUUUUAUUAAAAUAAUUCAAACUUUACUCCAAAACCUCACCAUUCAAAUCUCAGUUCUACUAAGCCUAGCUUAAAUAACAGUAAAUAUACAAUUGUAUAGGCCUAAGACUUAUUAUCCGAGAUUCAGAUUCGAUCCGAGAUCAGAUCCGGAUCCGCUCUAAAAAUCCGGUAUCCAGAGAGGCCGGAUCCGAAUCCGGAUAGUAUGAUAAGUUUCAAAGUUUUAUACCUGAAUUACAGGAUAUUUGUUCUGUUAGGUACCGAAAUAUGAAAUAAGAUUUAACUUAUAAUGAUUUUAGUUUAUUUCCUCUAUCUUUAACAAUUAAUUGCUAAUUUAUUAUUCAUGUUCAUUCACACUCAUCAUAUGAUUGAAUAAAGUCUUAAAUAUAGAGAUUUUACAAAUUAGAUUGCCAAAUAAAGAUGUGAAAGUGCAAACUGAACAAUUCUCCCUUUGAAAAUUUUAUUGGCUUUUAUCCAAUAAGGCAGUGAAGUUAAAAUCGUCAAUCAAUACUUGAGGCUCUUUGUCCACUAAUGUAUUCUUUAAUAACUUUCCAGUUGAAGAGAUCUGUUCCUUGCCAUGGAAUCGAGUUGGACAGAUAAAUAAAUUAUCUUAGACUUAGUAGAGCUUCAACGUCACUUGAUCACACCGUAGAAACCAGUAUAAAGUAAACAUCACUAAGAAGAACAUGUAGAAAUAAGAAGACGGAGCGGCCAUGACUGAAUCAAACAAAAGUAGAAGAAAGUUUGCUACUCAGGAUGAGUAAUAGGCAUGUAUAAUUCAAAUUCUUGGUCACGUACAUAACAUGUAAGAUGUCACAUGAAGCCAAUGCUUCUUUGAGCUGUAAUUAGCAAAAGAGCAGUUGGGAAGUUAAUCAAAUCUCACUUCUUGCUUCACUCUGCCUUUUCUCAAUACAUUUGUGUAUAUUAUUUAAUCACAUAUCUGCAUAUUUGGCAUAGCUGCAUGCACGUACACAUGUGCAACAUUCAAUAAAUGGUUUAUAGUGGAGACUGGAGAUCAGAGAAUUAAAAAGAUAGUAAGAUUUACGUCUUUUUAUAUGGUGUCCAUUCAUCUUGUAUUUUCAAAACUCUCUUACCUUACAUUUUAAGGUUAACACGCUAACAAAGUAUGCAUGAAUAAGAGCCGUGUAUAAAAGUGAAGUAACUGAAAAAGUUAUUCUGAACACAUCUGGUUUGCAAUAACACACUUUUUGACAGGGUCAAACAUAAGCAAUAUCCUUUGUCCUGAUUUUAAUUCAAGUUAGUAGUAGCUCACCUUAUACCCGAAAGCAAAAUUAACAUUUUUAACCGUGACUAUGAUCUUCAUUUUGUUCCAAGUUAUAGAGACCAAAUUUUCAUCUCCUCCGGCUGAAAUAGCUUCUCUAUGAGCUUCUGUUCUUGGAGCUUCUCAAGUUUCUGUUAUAACCCAGACAAAAAGGGAGCUUCCAUCGCCAGUUCACAGAUAAAAGAGAGGGAAAGAUUAGUGACAUAACCCUAUAUAUGCUUCAGAAAUUGUGGACAUUUCAAUCGAUAAUCAGCAAAGUAAAAGAGUAGGAAAGAAUAAUGAAGUAAGUUUGUGCAACUUUCUUACCUUUUUUUAAAUUAGUAGCAGGGCCAGAAUUUGCAUCAGCACUAAGCCUAGUGAUUAAGGUACCUCACAACUCUUUCCAAAAGCAAGCUUUGGAAAAGUAUGUUUCAGUUUGCUGAUUUAAGCUUCCAUUGAUUUACAUUCAUCUGCAUCUCCAGCGUUGCAAGUUUCCUUCUGCACAAUACUAUAAAAUAAAAAGAUAAUCUUUACUAUCUCGUACAUGAGUCUGAUAUUCAAUAAGAUAAGCAAAGAAAAGGUUAGAUACUUGCACAUACAUCUAACUCAUCCCUUCAGCCGUAUUUUUAAGCAAGGUGAUUAAUCAUACGGAGGUUUGUGGCUUCUCCUCUGAUGGCGGAAGCUCAAUAAAAUAUGUAAUCUAAAGUAUUUAAAUGGGCAUCUAAGAUCUUAUAUAAAAUAAGAUUCAUGGAAAGAAGAGGAGAAGAAAUAAUCAUUCACCUCAUAGUAGAUCAUAUUAGUUCACUGGAGAAAGCAAUUUAUAGCAUCAGUACCUUGGUAAUUAUGAAUAUUGAUCUCACCUUGAAUAUCCUGCUAAAGAUCAUUCGGAUCAUUUCCAUCAACGGUGCGUGCAUAUUCAACAACGACACAUGUUUCCCAAAUCUCCCUAACUGUCCCACUCAGCUCUUUCCAAUAGAAUCUCAAUAAACUAAUUGAAGGGAAUAUUACUCUUGUGUGUAAUGUUCUUAACUUUUUUUUGCCGGUCUGGCUCAGGCUCUUUCAACGCCUUAAUGACCAAAGAUGCAGCUGACGAUUCUGAACAGCGAGCUUGACGGUGACACAUUGUAUGUUGACGGUGGCUUGGGCUUGCAUGAGGGUCGCCUGCAAUACACCAACAAACAGAAACAAAUGAAAACGAAAUCAUCUCCCAAAUUUCAAAAAGCUUACGAUUAAAAGAAUCGAAAGGAUGAAUUUUCUCAGGAUGGGACUAAACUAUUUAUAGUCAAGGAUGCACAGAAAGUAAGAAAUUGAGGAAGGAUUCAAUGAAAAAUCGUGGAAGGAGUGGAUAGAUGUUGUUAAUGAGUGCCUUAAAGACGACGCUUGGAUUUAACCAAAUUUCGUAACAUCUCCAGAUUUCUGUCUACGGUAAGUAAAAAGCCAGAUGAUAAGAAACAGAUGCUAGGUUCCAGCAUGUUAUGGUCGGAUAACAAUCCAUCCACAUAACACCGGGGGAGAUAGUACGGUGGUAAAUGAAAAGAAUCAGUACUUCGGCGGCGACGGAUUUUAAUUGUAACGGUGGAGUAUCCGAGAGAAGACUAUAUAUAUUUGUAUACAGCCCAAUAAUCAAUUGAAUACAGUCUUGAUCAAAAUUGAUCCAACAACUUAAUAUCAAGCCCAUGAAUGAAACACACGCAAAAAAAACUUAAAGUCGCUUCUUUUAGAGAUGCAGGUGGACGAAAUUAACACGGGGAAGCCUGUCUGACGUGGCUGUUUAACUGGUUCUCAUUGGUCAAUUAUUUUUGAGGACGUGGCAGCUUAGAUUUUGAGUAUAUGCUGUUUUUAGUAUAGUAUAGAUGAAAAUCACAAAAGAAAAAACACACAACACACAUGUUUAUCAGUUAUCACUACAUAUAGCGCCAACUCCGUUAACUAAUAGUUGAUACCGGCGGAGGCUAGGCCUUCACGGCGUCUUGGUGGCAGAGCCGGCGUUUGAUGACAUUUUCUUCUUUGGUGGCUAGCUAGGGCCUAAUGUAUUGUAUCCGGUUGGUUUCGGUUUUUUAAUCCAAUUCCAUUUUUGUAAACCGCUUCUAAUCUCCAACUACCAGGGUGGUAUAGACGUACCUAUAUAUACAUGCAGGGCCGGAGGCAGCUUUGAGGGAGGGGGGACCCCUGUGAAUUUUUUAUAUAUAUAUUUAUAAAGAGGACCUCUAUGAAUUUCUAUGAAAAAUCACUUUUUGGUUGUAUUUUGUAUCAAAAAACUAGUGAAAUGUCUCCAAAUUAGUUGAUUGACCACUGUAAUUUUUGUUCAAAUUAAUUUGAACCUAUGACUUUAAGUUUAUUCUCCCAUUUAAUUAGCAUUUUUCCUUGUAUCCUUUUUUUUUAAUUGAAAAAAUCCCAAUACUUCUAUCUUUGACACAUGAUUAACCAUUUUCAUUGUACAUAUUUUUUCCUUUAUAAUUAUGUUUUAGAUUUUCUUAACUGUGUAUUAUUUCUGUUAACCACACUAACUUUUAUAUAUCAAAUUAUAUAUUUAAUAUUUUAUACUAGUAUUUAAGUAUAUUUGGCUAUUAAUUUAAUGACCCCAGUAAAAAUGGUGGCUGGCUCCGCGCCAAUAUAAUCUAUAUGUUAAUACUUAAUACGUAUAGUUACUUCAUAGUUUUACGUUGCCACAGUCAUGCUUAUGCAACUAAAUCGGGACUUUGGCGUGAUGAUUUAGUCGAACUAGGCUCCGUUCGGCUUCAAAAUACAUUUUGACAACAUUCUUUGUCAAUAACAUCGUCGAAAAUGCCUCGUUUCUUUCCAACAACCAUUUC